ACAAAGCCAACUUGAUGCAUGAGACAGUGAACUGGGUCUGACUACAUAUCCUUUUUUGUCAUUUUCAUUGGAGAUUCAAACAUUCAAUGUAUAACUUGGUACGCCCUCUAUAAUUCCCAUUAUUUAAAUCAUAGGCACCAAAUGCCGAAAUCAGUUUGGCAAAUAGGUUGUGCUUGUGCAGUAUCAUUUUCCAGAUAUAUUUUGGAUUCCUUUUUGCACAUAUAAAAUACUAUAGCAGAGUUCCACUUUUUCAUUUACCUUAGGACUAAGUCCUUCCCAUCUCCCAGAAUUCCAUGGGGACUCUUUUCAGGCUAUUUUCACCACCACCAACUACACUAUGUACUAACAAGUUCUUCCUAUCACCCACUACCCCUUCAAUCUCUUCUCCAAGACCCAAUACCACAUCUUCAACAAAGAAGCAUCAAUAUUACAGAAUUGAAAGCAGCAAGUUUGGAAAUUUCCUUGACUUGAAGCCUGAAACUACACAACCUGAAAGUUUGGAUUUUGAUCUCUCAUGGUGGGACCCCAAGUCUGAUAGGCCCCACUUUGAUGUGAUCAUCAUUGGGACUGGCCCAGCUGGACUUCGUCUUGCAGAGCAAGUGUCUCGCUAUGGAAUCAAGGUAUGUUGUGUUGACCCUUCUCCGCUUUCCGUGUGGCCUAAUAACUAUGGUGUUUGGGUUGAUGAGUUUGAAAGCUUGAAGCUUGAGGACUGCUUAGACAAAACAUGGCCUAUGGCUUGUGUUUAUCUCGAUGAAAACAAGACCAAGUAUUUAGACCGACCAUAUGGUAGAGUUAGUAGGAAAAAACUAAAAACGAAACUAAUGGAAGGGUGUGUGUCCAAUGGUGUUAAAUUUCAUGAGGCUAAGGUUUGGAAAAUUGAGCACCAAGAGUUUGAGUCUUUCAUUAUGUGUGAUGAUGGGAAUGAAUUGAAGGCAAGCUUAAUUGUUGAUGCGAGUGGCUUUGCAAGUAGUUUUAUAGAGUAUGAUAAGAAAAGGAAUCAUGGGUAUCAGAUUGCUCAUGGAAUUUUGGCUGAAGUGGAAGAACACCCUUUUGACUUGGAUAAGAUGGUUCUUAUGGAUUGGAGAGAUACCCAUCUGGGAAAUGAGCCUUAUUUGCGAGUUAAAAAUUCAAGGUUUCCUACUUUUCUAUAUGCAAUGCCGUUUGAUUCAAAUUUGGUAUUUUUAGAAGAGACUUCUCUGGUUUCUCGGCCUGUGUUAUCCUAUAAGGAAGUGAAGUCAAGGAUGGUAGCAAGAUUAAGGCAUUUAGGAAUUAGAGUGAAGAGGGUAUUGGAGGAUGAGAAGUGUUUGAUCCCAAUGGGAGGUCCACUCCCAAAACUCCCUCAGAGUGUAAUGGCAAUUGGUGGGACUUCUGGGGUUGUUCACCCUUCAACAGGGUACAUGGUGGCUAGGUCAAUGGCUCUGGCACCAGUCUUAGCUGAUGCCAUUGCUGAGUGCCUUGGCUCAACCAGGAUGAUCAGAGGGCAGCCACUUUAUCAUAGAGCGUGGAAUGGCUUGUGGCCAAUUGAAAGGAGGUGUAGAAGAGAGUUUUACUCUUUUGGAAUGGAGACUUUAUUGAAGCUUGAUUUGGAUGGAACAAGAAGGUUCUUUGAUGCUUUCUUUAAUUUGGAUCCUUAUCAGUGGCAAGGCUUCCUUUCCUCAAGGUUGUCCCUUCAAGAGCUUCUUCUACUAAGCUUAUCUCUGUUUGGACGCGCCUCGAAUAUGUCCAGGUUUGAUAUUGUUACAAAGUGUCCUGUGCCCUUGGCUAAAAUGGUGGGUAAACUAGCAAUAGAAACCAUCUAAUGGUGGAAGGUUGUAGAAUUUAUAUUGACUCUGUUUCUGUUGCUAUUUAAGAAAUUCAAAAUUGUGGCAUGGCAUCUCCUUUUUUUCAAGGAAAAUUUUAAGCAGGAA